GGGAGGGGGCCAAGCUCCCCGGGCUUUUUAAAAAAAGCGAGUCACCCCAGCUCGGGCGGCCAGCAUGCCUGGGCUCUCGCUGAGAGGCUUUCUUUUGGCUCUCUGCUGGAUUCGAGUAAGGAGCUCCCCCACGCCAGGCUCGGAGGGCGCCAGCCCGGGUCCCGUCUCGGAGUGCCCGUCCUGUGCCCUCAGCAGCCUGCCCAAGGAGAUGCCCAGCUCCCAGCCUGAGAUGGUGGAAGCCGUCAAGAAACACAUCCUGAACAUGUUGCACUUGAAGAAGCGACCCGACGUCACCCAGCCAGUUCCCAAGGCGGCCCUGCUCAAUGCCAUCAAAAAGCUGCAUGUGGGCAAGGUGGGCGAGAACGGGUACGUGGAGAUCGAGGACGACAUUGGGCGACGGGCCGAGAUGAAUGAGCUCCUGGAGCAAACCUCCGAGAUCAUCACCUUCGCCGAGUCAGGUACCCCCAAGAAGACGCUACACUUUGAGAUUUCCAAAGAAGGUAGUGACCUCUCUGUGGUGGAGCGUGCUGAAAUAUGGCUCUUCUUGAAAGUCCCCAAGGCUAACCGGACCAGGACCAAAGUAACCAUUCGACUCUACCAGAAUCAGAAGCAAUCCCAGAGCAGCUUGUCAGACGAGGCCGAGGUGGUGGGCAUCAAGGGUGAGAGGAGUGAGCAAUUGAUAUCGGAGAAGGCAGUCGAUGCCCGCAAGAGCACAUGGCAUAUCUUCCCAGUGUCCAGCAGCAUACAACGCCUUUUGGACCAGGGCAAGAGCUCCCUGGAUGUGCGGAUUGUCUGUGACCAGUGCCAGGAGACAGGUGCUAACCUGGUGCUCUCAGGCAAGAAGAAGAAGAAGGAAGAAGAGGGAGAAGGGAGAAAGAAGGAAGCUGGAGAAGGAGGGGCAGGAGGAGAUGAAGAGAAGGAGCAGACUCACAGACCAUUCCUCAUGAUGCAGGCCCGUCAGUCUGAGGACCACCCGCAUCGCCGCCGCCGCCGUGGCCUGGAGUGUGAUGGCAAGGUCAACAUCUGCUGCAAAAAACAGUUUUUUGUCAGCUUCAAGGACAUUGGCUGGAAUGACUGGAUCAUAGCGCCCACGGGUUACCAUGCCAACUACUGCGAGGGAGAGUGCCCCAGCCACAUAGCGGGCACUUCAGGCUCGUCCUUGUCCUUCCACUCCACGGUCAUCAACCACUACCGCAUGAGGGGGCACAGCCCCUUUUCCAACCUCAAGUCAUGUUGCGUGCCCACCAAACUCCGGCCAAUGUCCAUGCUCUACUAUGAUGAUGGGCAGAACAUCAUCAAGAAAGACAUUCAGAACAUGAUAGUGGAGGAGUGUGGCUGCUCCUAAGCCCUCUCCUGCCUGGUAGAAGGAGGGGGCCCCCGGGGCUGGGGGGUGAUGGACAGACAAGAGGGAAAGACACAGGAGACGGCAAGAAGGCAACUAAUGACAAGACACAAGACCCUCCUUUGGGGUGGAGUUUCUCCGUGAAAUAAAAUAAACCGAAGACAUAUGAAGGAAAAACGCAGACCAUCAUUAGCCUGGGUUCAGAGAAGAAGCAGGUGAAAGAGCUAGGGGCUCUGGAGGGGAGGAAGAGGAGAGUCUCCCCCUUCCUCCCUUCUUCCCAAGGAGAUCAAACUGGCUACUUUGGUGGUAGACGUGCAGCAGCCUCAGCCCCCUGUUCCCUCUCAGCAUGAGCCCCGAGCUCUGCUCCCCUAACUUGCCGUAACUUGGACUCCCCCAUUCCUAAGAGCAUCCAGAAAGCCAUGUCGUGGAACAUUCCCAGGGACUUUUGCCCCAAUUUGCCAAGGCCACAGGGCACGACCAUAUGAUGUAUGUGUGUGUGUGUGCAGACACACACGCCACACACACACACACGAUACAUCAAUACAUGUGCACACUGAGAUCCACGCCUACAUCUGCACACACCGCCUGUGGCCGAGUGAACCUGGCAAGCAAAGGAUGAUGUGUUGUGCAGGGGGUCGCACCUUUUCUGCACUGUUCUGGAGGGAGGGAGGGAGGGAGGGAGGGAGAGAGACAGAGAGACAGAGAGAGAGAGAGAGGGAGAGAGGGAGAGAGAGAGAGAGACAGAGAGAGAGACAGAGAGAGAGAGAGAAGACAAGGAUGUGGGAAAAGGCGAAGAAAGGAAGGAAGGAAAUAAUCCCAAGUAACAUUUCGUUAAGGUGCUCAUGAUCUUAGAACUAUGCAACCUAAUUGGUUUGAAACUGUUUACCUGAGAGAGAACAACAAGAAAGACUUUUUUUUUGUAUUGGAAGUAACAUGAUUAAUUUUUUUUUGCUUCAAGGAGAGAUACUUGAAAGGAAUACUGUUUGAUCCAAACAGUUCUAUCUUUUGUAAAUGUCGUUGUUGUUGUUUUUUAUUGUUUACUAUUUGCACUACGAUGGUGUUUGACCUGUCUAAUCCUUAUUUAACAAGUAUUUUCGGGGUGGGGUGGGAGGGCAGAGCUGCACUUACCGUGAGCUAUGGAGGACCUGCUAGCACACACAAAAUCGCUAUUUUUAUUAUUAUAAUUAUAAUUAUUGUUAUGAUUAUUUUGUACCUUACAAAUGAAUAGACACGUACACCAAAGACAUUUGUGUGAGCCUUUAAACAGUCUGUUUGUGAUGGGGAUCAUACCGAGGCGACCGAUGAUGACCACCAACGGCAGCGGCGGCGACGGCGACGAUGACGACGACGACAACGACGACGACGACGAGGGGUCAGGAAGGCUUCCGGUGGCAGGCAGGGUCGAUGAGGCUGAUGGGGUGCCAGGGAGAGAGUGAGAGAGAGAGGGAGGUGCAGAGGAAAACCUUGGACCUCCGCCCAGCCUCUUCAUAGUACAUCCAGGAAACAGGGGACAUUUCUGGCUGGACGUGCAGUAGUUGUACACUGUUGUUGGAAAUCUGAUUCAUGGAACAGUAUGUGUGUGUGCAAGUAAUAUGCACUCACAUGUGUGUACACGCACAACACACAAAUAUCCAUGCGCAGCCGUGUAUAUGUGGCCUGUGCAUAAGAACCUGUGUGUAUGUCUACCUGCAUUGUAUCAUGUCCGCAUACAUUUUCAGCACUUCAGGCUGUCGUUUUCAAUGUUCCUAAAAUAAUGAAUGUUUGUGCGCAAAACACAGUAUUUUUCAAGAGGGUGUGAUUCGAUUUUGGCUUUCUUCUCUUCAGAUCGUGGGGAUCCCCUUAACGUUUGCUUUGAACUGAGCUGCGGAUGCCAGGGACGCGUCCAGAAGGCCCCCUCUAAAAUCCCAUGGAAUCCCGUGCCUCCCCUUUGCUCCUCUUUUCCCCGGCUGACCCCCACCUGCGAGCCCGCACAGGUGGCAAUGGGGAGGCUUUGCUCUCUAGAACCCUUGGCCACUGGCAGCUUCCAGUUAGGAAUGGGCCCUCCGGGCUUUGCCGGGAAGGUGCUGGCUCUCUGGACCAACCCGGCCUUGGGGGACCCUCCCGGAAGCCCCUGACCGCUGGCAUUGGCCACAGGAGUCUCCUCGAAUUUUUCUCUUGGUCACGCUGUCCAAAGUGUCGGGAGGAGAAGAGAACACACUAGUUAGGCGGAGAGAGGGGGGAAGGGGACAGGGGUUGAACCUCUUCUUUUUUAUUUGUAUCUUCAGCCAAAACUCUAUGUGUGAGUGUGUGUGUGUAUGUAUGUAUUUUUGUAUGUAUGUGUGCCUGCCUGGGUUUCUGUGUAUCAUCUGCGAUGCAAAAAAGAGAAAAAGAAAAAGAAAAACAAACAAAAAACCUUUUGUUUUAUAAAUAUCAAAGUCCAUGAUUAUAGCUAAGUUUUUUUAAUUUAUUCCACAGUAUUUAGCUUGCCUAGUAUCGCUAUGGGUUACUCAUGUAUGUGUUUUUUAAUACAGAUAUAAUUUUUUUUUACAGACUUGUUUGCAUUUUGCAAAAAGAAAAAACCAAUCUUGGGACAAUUCGUGCAUAAUUGGGUAACAAUUCAAUUCGUCACUAAAGUGUUCUGUCAACUAGUGAGGCUUUCUAAACCUUGUCGGCUGAUCUGUAGGAUUCUGCAUAUAUGCAUGUAUGCAGAAAUAGACACACGUGCACAUGUGUGUAUGUUCAUAUGCAUACAUACACAUAUUCCACCUACAUGUAAGUGUGUCUAAACAGCCACACACACGACUAAGGAAGAAACCAAACCCUGCCAAAGACAGAGCUGCUGGCCUCGCAUCGCCACUGGGCAGGGAAGGGGAGCCAGGCUAAGGGGUCUGGGUGGGAGAAUGGCCACUCAGGGCCAAGAAGGAGGGCUUGGGAACAAGGAACGGGCUUCUGAACUCUUCCCCCUCUGGCAGGCCAAGGCUGAACGGGGAGAAGGCAAAAGAUCACGUCAUUGUCGAUACUCCAAAUUUUCUUAAGGUCUAUUGAGAGGUUGGGGAUCUGUGGCGAAAGGCGAAAUUAAAUUAAGCAAGAGACCAGCAGACUUUUAGUCCCAGGGAAGAGCAGGUAGGGGUCCAGAGUACGAAAGGAGGCGCCGCUGGGGCCAAGUGGAGAAAAGAGGAGGGAGAAAAGGCAGCUGGUUCCUGGUUAUGUGUCUCUGAACUGGAAAACUCAUCUUCCAAUUAGACUGAGUACGAUCCGUUGAAGUCAUCAGACAAAGGAGGGUGGAGCUGACUUGGUGCAUAAUGUAGCAGGAAGCAAAGAGAAAUGGAAACCUUUUGAUUUGAGUUUUUUACAGGAAGGCAGCCACAGCAGACAGGAAUGCUACUGGGGGGAGAAGCAGCACUCAUUUAGUUUCCAUGUCCAGAUUUUAACGGGUUCUAAUUUGAUUGGCUUGUCCACACGCAGUUAGAACGAGAAAUCCUGAGCAUCUUUGAGAGCCUCGGUGGGGACGCGUGAGAUCAUGUGCUCAUGCUAACCUUCGUGGGUAGCCACUUCCCAAGUGUGAGUACAGUUGGCUUUAGGCAGCUUGGUUCUAGCUGAACUUGGCUUUUCUUGAAGCAGUUUCCCUUCAGAUCUGUGUGAGCAGAGCACACAUAUAUUUGUGUUUGUGUACAGAGAUGGUCUACGUAGAGAUCCCCACGCGUGUAGGUGGGUUUGUCCACCAUGUACACACACAUCUAUCUCCUCUCAUGAAGGACUCAGUUGUAGAAAUCACACGAAAUCGUUCUGAUGCCUCAAAAGAUCAGGCUGGCGUUGCCGGGGAGUUGGGUUGUUGAUUGGGACUGUUUUGCCGGAGUCCCCUUAAAAGUGGAGCCUUUUCCAGAUGCCAACGUUAGAUCACUGUCUUUGGAAAGGAACUGUGUGUUUAUUUAGGACUGAAUCCCAUCCAUCAUCCCUUCUCCAGAGGCUCACCUGCUCUCUCCUGAAAGUGAAAAGAAGUUUAUCCUCCUUUGUUACCAUGGAUCUCGUGUCCAGGGCUUGGAAUCCAAUCUUGACUCCCUCCUGGCUACCUACGUGGCUUUGUGCAAAGUUGCUUUAUUUCUUCAGGCCUCAGUUUGUUCAUCUGUAAAAUGAGGUUGGACCAUCCAGCUUCUGAGGGCGCUUCUUAAUUCAGUUCUGUGAUCCUCAGAAAGGUUUUAGCUGGAGUCUCCACAGAUCAGGCCCCCACCCACUCUGAGGUUCCAGUUUGUACUGAACUUGGAUUCUAAUCACCCAGCUCCCUGUAAACGCCUCCCUCCCUGUGGGCCUCCUGGCAUCCUUCCUCUUUGAUGUCAAAAAAAUGAGUCACCCCCAAAACCUACACAUAGAAUGAAAACUUGAAGAUGUGGGCAGGAGGGCCGGGGGAGGGAGUUGUAUGGGUUUAAAUUAAACCCUGUAUCUUGGAGGAGCUGUUGUGCAGGUCAAAGAAAAUGAAUGGUUAGAAGUCCCAUCUCCAUGGGCAGAAACAAAUACAGCUUGGGCUAUAUUUGGUCACUUGCUUACUCUUUCUUUUGGAGAGCAAGUGAAGAGUUUUCUUCUCUGGCUUUGUCCCCUCCCUCAUUUCUCCCCUUUAUUUAAAUGCUUUGAAAACAAGAUAUUGACAAUGGUUUAACUAUUUUUCUUUAAAAAAGAAACAGAAUCAGAAAGCCAAGAUAUCCUAAAGCCUGUUUGGUCUAAACAUGCUUGUGCUCUGUGGUUACUGUUAUUUUAUUUUGUCUGUUUGGUUUGGGGGGGUUGGGCAUCCCCCUAGCAGUGCUUUAACUAAUUAAAGUUGUUAAUUUAUAUGAGUGCAUUUCAACUAUGUCAAUGGUUUCUGAAUAUUUAUUGUAUAGAAGGACUGGUAAUUUUUUUAUUUACAAUAUGUUUAAAGAGAUAACAGUUUGAUAUGUUUUCAUCUGUUUAUUGUAGAAGUUAUUUAUUUUCAUGGCAUUCCAUCUGAUGUUUGGAUAUUUGGAAGACAUGCGAUCUCGACUUUGUACAGUUAGGGGACAGUAUUCAUCAGCUCCUGAUAGCUUCUUUGCCUUAUGUUAAAUAAAAAGACCUGUUUGGGCUUUA